CGGGCGCGGGAAUGGGCUGAGCGAGCGCCGACGGUCCGCGGAGGCUCCUCUCGCGCGGCACUUGGGCCCGAUCCCCUUCCCGGCGGCGGCGAGCAAGGGAGCGAGUAAGGGAGGGAGGCGGCGCGCAGAAGCGGAAAGCCGCGCUCACGACGGAGCCCAUCGGCGCCGGAUCCGCGCCUUCCUGCCGGCGCUUCUGGGGCCGCCCCUCCAUUUUGAAGGAAGCCUCGUCCCCAUGGCGUUCAGCUCGUCGUGGCAGCUGCUGUCGCCCGUGCAGUGGGCCAAGUGGACGUGGUCGGCCGUGCGCGGCGGCGGCCCUACGGGGCCCGAGCAGGACGGCCUCGCCGGGGCGGACGGGCAGAAGCAGCCCGAGGACGACGACGAAGACGCGCAGGCGGACACCAAGUCGCUGAGUCUCAGUUCAGAUUCAGAAGGCCAUUUUGGGACUCCCGAGGCAGAGACCCCAAUCCGCUCGCUGGGGAAGGAGCUGGAGGAAUCAUCCCUGCACCUGUUGGAGCCUGAGACUGAGCCCCAAGAAUCACUUGAAGAUGACAUGCCAUUUGUGGCUGACAUUUUGGAGGAGAAUGUGCACCUAAAAGGCUCAGCUUCAGCAGAGAAUGAAUGGAAAGCAAAGCCUGCAGUCCCACAAGCCAAUGAGUUGUUCACGCCAGAAACCAAUAUUGGGAUUGGCAUAGGUCCAUCCAUGACUCCAUCUGCACCAAGGCCAGAGCCGUCCACGGAGCAGCAAAUUGCGGAAGAAAGUGCUUCCACAGAGAGGUCGGAUCCAGACCUAGCUUCAGCGAGUGCUGUGCCCGCAGCAACUCAGGAAGAACAACAGGGAACGUCUCGGGGAUGUGGAGUAGCACUCGUUGAAGGGACUUCAGAAGUCAAAGCAGUUGGUGAAACACUUGUGAUCAGCAAGAGUAAACUCCCCAGGGCAAGACCAGCUGCCCUCCUGAAGAAGAUGGGAGGAGAGAACCCUGAGACUGAAACGGGUGCAGAGAGCUGCCCCACCCCCAAAGCCUCCUACCGCUUUGAUCCAGAGGAGUACAACGAGAACACCAACCCCUUUGCGAUUGGGGGCUCUAAGCUCCAGGACUCCCCCCCGGCACCCCAGCCAGGCUUUGCUCUUCCAUACAGUGACGUCAAGGUGUUGGGGCUGGGAGUUGCUGGCGAGUCGCAGGGCCGGGCUGUGAAGCUUGAAUUUGAUUUUGCCGAUGGUGUGGAAAGUGCAGAGUCGAAGAAAGCCUUGCCAAGGAAAGCCAGAAGGAAGCCGGCCAGCAAACUGUCUCCUAAGAAGCAGAGACCUGGUGCCAACCGACCCACUGUGGGCACUGAGGGGGCAGAGAAUGCCCUUGCUGUAGAUCCACCUGAGGUGCCCCUCCCCAAGGUCUCCCACCAGGUGGAUGCCAUCCAUUGGGAUGGUCCUAGUUGUAACCCCCUUGCGGGGAGUGCGGGCUUGCAGAGCUCGCCAGUCCUUCCGAGAGAUUCCUACAACCUUGACACACCUGAUCCUUUCAAGCCCACCCAGACCUUGGCUGGCCCAGGAGCCGACUCCUGCCCCUCUGCGGAGAACAGUCUCAAUGAGAUAUUGGAGCUGCAGACCCUGGAGGCCUGCGAGGGCGAAGAGCUGCAGAACGGUUUGGCCUCUCCAAAGAAACCCAAGUCCCAGCUGAUAACGACUACAGAACAAGUGAAAUUUCUCUGUUUUCUGUUGAGUGGCUGCAAGGUGAAGAAAUAUGAAGCACCGCCCCUGGUUCUCAAUGUCUGCUCUCAGGACAAAGAGGAAGUUGUCCUUGCCUCCAAAAUCCCAGACCUUUCCAACCGAGAUGGGCAUGCCACUGACGAAGAGAAACUGGCUUGCACAUCCUCCAGUCAAAAGGCAGCGGACUUGGAGGUGAAAGGUGAGCCCGAGGAAGACCUGGAGUACUUUGAGUGUUCCAUCGUUCCUGUGUGUGCCAUAAAUCAUACGUUUUCAUCCCCAGGAGAAGGUUUUGAGAAGGACACAUCGUUGAGCAAGCUGGCGGAGAGGGGCAACCCUGGGGAUCCCUUGGGAAGUUCUGAACUAUCCUCUGGGGAAAAGGCCUCUGGAACUGCACCCCAUGAUACGCCAGGGAGUGCUGAAAGCCCCCUAGAUGCGAUUUGCCUCAGUGAAUCCGAUAAGAUGGCAGUUCUGACUCUGAUCAGAGAGGAGAUCAUCUCCAAAGAGAUUGAAGCAAACGAUUGGAAGUGGAAAUAUGAAGGAAGCCGGCAAGAGGUUCUGGAAAUGAGGAAGAUUGUGGCUGAAUACGAGAAGACCAUUGCCCAGAUGAUAGAGGAUGAACAGAAGACAAACAUGGCAUCCCAGAAGAGUCUUCAGCAACUGACGAUGGAGAAGGAGCAGGCUCUGUCUGACCUGAAUUCUGUGGAACGGUCCCUUUCCGACCUGUUCAGGAGAUAUGAGAACCUGAAGGGGGUCCUGGAAGGCUUUAAGAAGAAUGAGGACGCGUUGAAGAAGUGUGCUCAGGAUUAUCUCACUCGGGUCAAGCAAGAAGAGCAGCGGUACCAGGCCUUGAAAAUCCAUGCUGAAGAGAAGUUGGACAAAGCCAAUGAAGAAAUUGCUCAGGUGCGCAACAAGGCCAAAGCGGAGAGUGCAGCUCUUCACGCUGGGCUCCGAAAAGAACAAAUGAAGGUGGAGUCUCUGGAGAGGGCCCUCCAGCAAAAGAACCAGGAAAUUGAAGAACUGACCAAGAUCUGCGAUGAGCUGAUUGCCAAGCUAGGAAAGGCUGACUGACCCCCUCUCUCUCGUCCAGAGCAACCAUGCUCUGCUACUUCCUGUCGUCUAUCUGCAUCUUCAAGUGAGCACCCUGCCUUAUUCUCCAGAACUAAUCUUCCCCCUGCUGCAGGAGAGGGAAAAGCACAUGCACUUGCCUUCUGUAUCAAGCAGUCUUCACCUGCAAGAGGGAAUCAGAGGCCCUAUUAUGUGUUCAUUUCCAUCAGGUCUCCUCCUUGGCUUCACUUCCGCUGUCCACUUUUUGUAGCCCAGCUGCAGUUGGUGAGGCAUAUGCAGUAUAUACAUAUUAGACAUGCCAUUUUAUUUGCAAGAAGGCAUUGAGAGCAGCCGCUCUGUUCUGCAACUAGGUGGGGCUCCAGCCCACAGAAGAUGCUGCAUUUGCUGCCUUGAGAGCUGGUGCCUGAUGAAAAGGGACAUUGCUGUAAAUACCUGCCGAUGGUGAUGGGGAGGAGCCAGGAGGAGGUGCCGUUUACCUAAACAGGUGCUUUUCCAUAUGCGGUUGCAGUGAGCAUGGGGAAGGCACAAGUGAGAUGUGAAGUAAGCUGCAUUGGAGGGGGUGCGCAACAAGGCCAGUUUUAAUGCAGCUGUUGCAUGACACAGGCUGGUGUCUAGAUUGCUUCCUGAGGGUGGAUCACAUGUAGAAUUCAAAUUAGGGUCUACUGGAUUGUGCAAGAGCAAGUCUUUGUGAGCCAUGAUUGGCAAUGAAAAAGGCAGUGCUUCAGGGCGCCUUAAAAACUUUAUAAGGUCUUGUAGACUAGAAGGUUUGUGCCACAAUACAUUUUCUUAAGGCUCUUGUGUGUGUUCAGGCACAGACCAACAUAGGCUACCCUGCUGGAAUUUCUCUUUUCAGUUAGUGCACUUUAAUGCUGCGGCAGGAGGACAGUGUUCCCUCCCAGAAACAGAGAGAGAGCACAUUUCCCAGAACGCACCUUGAAUGCAGGGCCUCCCAAGUGAGUAACAGCUCCUAGACAUUGAAGAAUAUGAAUAUAUAAUCUCCUCCCUGUUAAUGGAUUCUAGAUGCUCCUGUCAUCUCUGGAAACUGGGUGAAAGAAUGGAAGGCAAACUGCAGCAGACAGGUGCAGUUUCUAAUGCAGUUGUGCUCUCUAGCAGGAACAGUUUUGGCACUGGGUUACCCCAUGCUACACUGUCCCAGAUUGCUGUCAUUUUUUAGUUGCUCACCGACCUUGUAAUGGCUUCUGCAACUUAGUUCUGGUGGUGGCAGAUGCAGCCUGUUCCCAUACUGUAAGAAGUAUAUGAUUCUCUCCCAAAUGGUCAAUGUAACACAGGCGACCUGUGUUCUGAACUCAAAAUCUGGGUGGAGGGGAAGGUUCUGGUGGUGUGUUUUGGAAUCUGUGCUUCCAUAUUGGGCUGCACGGGGCAGCCUUGCAUCAGAAAAAUCCAGACUGGAUGAUUCUCUUAUAUCUGUCUGAUGACUAGUUAAAUCAUCCAGUUGAUUCGGUUUAAUUCCAGAACAGAACAGAAGCAAUUUGCUAGUCUCUGGUUCCCAGCAUGCCUUUCUCUCUCUGCCGUGAAAGCUAAACAACCCUUUGCACAAAGGAACCUGCCUACAAACCCAUUUAUUGCUGUCUGCCCAGCGUACAAUUGCUGAGAACACUUGUCUGCCACAAAGUCCCCAAUAUAUAUUAACCUGACAGUUACUUUGGUUCCCUUGUACCAUCCAGCAAAGGGUCUCCAGCCCCUGGGCCAGGAUGCCCUGUGGCUGGGGCUGCUUUGUGCAGUGGGUGUGACUUGCUACCAUCACACAUUUGAUAUGUAUGGUAAUUUCCCUUUUCUAUGUCAGGUAAAUAUUUGUAAGAGUUAUACUCACACAAAUGAGAUUAUAAUAAUGAUUACUAAUAUAUUUUUUUCCAUGUCCCAUUGCCUGAAUAAAAAUAAAGUGUUUCCAAGUUGGGA